AUGCGUACCGAAGUGCCAGUAUUCAAAAGAUGUUGUUUCUGCUUACCGCUCAGGCGUAGCUUGAUCGCGUGGGGUUAUUUCAAGUUGUUUCUUGCUGCCAUACUGCUGCUUUAUUGCUUAGUGGGACUAUACCAGACCAUAAACGUAUUUCUUCACAUAAAGUAUUGGAUACUGAUGCAUGAGAUUAUAACACUCACUGUGGUAAUAGCGGUAGUGCUUGUAGACAUCAUAGUACAUAUUCUGUUUAUCGUUGGAGCUCAUAAGAAAGAAGUUAAAUUUUUAAGAGUCUAUUACUACUAUUCUCUGACUCUGCUGGGGCUGCUAUUGCUGCUGUACCUGUACUGGAUUGUUUUAAUGAUACGAGAUAGGAUCUACCGCUACAUUAAUUUUUUUAUAAUCUCGGCCUGGGCUGUGAUGUUUCUCAAUUUACUUAUUCAAGCAUACGUCAUAUUACUCGUAAGAAGUGAAAUUGUCAAACUCAAUAACAUUGGAUCCUUCAGGUUUGUAAAUAACGCAGCUGAAGCUGAAUGUAAACUAUAUAUUGAAGACCCACAUGAAGAAAUAGUUCAGAUCAAUGAGGAAAACGAAAAAGAUGAGAACGACAAAUCAGACACGGACACAGAAGACAAGAAUUUGAAUAUCGCUUAA